AAAGCCAUCUGAAAUUUAGCUCUAAAAUUAGCAUUUUUAUCAAGCUCAUAUGUCUCUGUUCAGUUAUUUCACUUUAAUGGCAAUGAGAAGAACCUAUACAUUGAUAUUAAAGUAAAGUUACUGAACCUAAACACAUCAUCUGGCACAUCAAUUUCAGAUGGUUUUUGCGUCUGAACUUUUCAAGUGCUUCCUUAAUUUAAUUACCAUUUUGUCCCGAAUAUAACCAGCCCAACUUGGCUUUUCAAAUUACCAUGGUUUUGCUAAAAACAACACUGUUAUUGUAGUAAAACCAUGGUCACCACAAAUUAAUCAUGGUUUGGCUACAAAAAACAUAGUUUAACCAUGGUAUUUCCAUUUGUAUUAUCUGUUUAUUAAGUCAAUAUACCAAAAACAUGGAUUUUUCUACAGUAAAACUAUGGUUAGUUUUCGUAAGGGUUGUAAUUUAUGUCAAUCAGUCACAGCUAGCCAUGCAUCAUCUCUUACAUAUAUGUUUCUCUAGAUUGGAAAUGGUUGUUUUCAACUCAUUGACCAAAUUGCAGCGUCAAAGGUACUUUCUAAUCUAUCAAACUCAUCUGUAUAUUAAAAUUAAGAUUAGCCAGACUGAUUCUUCACACAAUAUUCUACAGGGAAAGAACAUUCAUAUUGUUGACCUGUUUAUCUUACCAACACAGCUGCCCCCAAACAAUUGUAAUCCAGUGUUAAGUAGGCCUGUAAGUAUGCAUUUUUUUCAUUCCCAGUUUUGCUCACAAAUCAUAUGUUUGGACUAAAAAUCUUUCAUUGCUGCUCUAGGAUGAUGCUCACUUAAAAGAUGCUGUGAUAAUUCCCAUUUGGACACCAGAACACUAUCAGUUGUGUGUACGUAAUGAAAAUCUUAUGAUUCAGAAAGUUACACAUUAUAACAUUUUGAUAAUUGUAUGAAAGCAUUGUCAUUUUUAUGGUAAAUGCAGUAUGUGUUUAUAGAGUACAUGUCAUUAUAAUAGUUUGAUUUAAAGUGAAUUUCUUUAGGUUUUGAAACCAGCACAGAGAGUGAUUCUCUAUCUAGAUUCUAAAUGUUAUGAGACCGCAUGGAUUUGGUGACCAGAGAUACAAAUCACUGUUGAGGUCUUUAGAUAAAAUCAUUGUUUAGAGAAGGUCACGUUCCUAUGAUCUUUCUCUGUUCAGGUUCAUUGAUCAAGUUCAUCUGUUCAAGCAGGUUUCUCAGACCUUUUUCAUCAGGGCCCCUCUUUCAUUUUAGAGGUACAGAUGACAAUUGUCAAAAAAAAACAAAAAAACAAAAAAAACAAUUGUCAUAAGUCACUCAGCACCAUCUCAUUCCAAAUUCCAAACUGAAGUUCCCUUUCAGUCGGUCACGUUCGACGUACGUCAGUAGUGACCGACGAAUUGGGAUAUCGCUAGAGAGCCCUAUCAGCUUCGAGUGAACUACAACAGGCCAAUGGAGUUGGCGUGCGAUAUUUGCAUAAUGCGCACCGCCCCCGCCAGGUGGUAUAAAUAGGGGAGCAGAUGCAAUCGCACUCUGUCUUUCGCUUCGGAGCCAUCUAGUGUGUUUCCAGCUUCAGACUUCAGUGAAUUCUUCAAGCUAAAGAAAAGAAAGGAAAAUUUCUUCUUCUUGUGUUGGUGUAACGGCACUUCAGCGAGGUCGCGAGCUUCCCGAGGAGCCUGAGCUUAAAGCUCUCAACUGCUGUUUUUACAGCACACAAUUUCCAAUUCCCAGCAUUGUGUCUGUUGCGAUUUGGGCCGGUUCCUCCGUUGUGUUCGGGGAGUGGUGUACCCGAACACAUCAUGACACUCCCUGUGUGCUUCAGCACAAGAGAGCUGAAUUUUUCCCCUCCUAAAAGAGCUUCACAGACGAACCCUGCGUCUUUUUCAAGAUGUCAUUUCGUCUGUGCGUUACUGGAUGCGGUCGUUCAUUGGUCCCCGCUGACGGCCACAAUCGCUGCAUCACGUGCCUGGGCGUUCAGCACAGCAGCAGCUUUUGUGGAUAGUUCAUGUUCUCACUGUGGGAACAUGACUAUUGCAGUGUUGAGAUCGAGACUCUCGUUCCUUGGUUCUCAGGGAGCGGGGGUCCCCUCCCCUAUGCCCCGUGCCGCCGUUUUCUCUGGCUUCGGCCGGGGUGACGGUGCGCCGGCGUGUAGGCAGGGUGAUCUGAGGAUCACGGUCAGGGCUUCCCCGCCGAGCGCCGCUCCGCGGGCCCCUGUCCCCUCUACCUCACUGCAACCGGUGGUGUUGCCGACUGAGCGUGCUGGUCCCUCUACGGAGCGACCAGCCGUUUCUUUCGGAGCACCGGCGGAUGACUGCAUGUCGAUCGCGGCAUCAGAAGGUGAGCAAGAGUCCUCGGGAGAUGAGGACUCGGCUGCGUUACCUCCCUCUGGGACCGUAGCGUUGUCCGAGCCUGAUCCUGAGUUGACGGCUAUGCUUUCCCGGGCUGCCGAGAAGGUCGGGCUCGUCUGGAACCCUCCACCGUGUCCCGAACCUUCUCGGCUCGAUGAUUGGCACCUCGGGGCGGCCCGCGCUGGUCCCCAGCGCCCCGCCCCGAUGCCAUUCUUCCCGGAGGUGCAUGAUGAGGUGACCAGGUCCUGGCGGACGCCCUAUAGCGUUCGUGCGAGACCUGGUCCCUCGUCCGCCUUCACCAACCUGGAUGGCGGGGAGGCUAGGGGAUAUACGCGGAUUCCCCCAGUCGAGAGGUCUGUUGCGAUGCAACUGUGUCCAACGGCCUCUGGCUGGCGCGGUGAGCCGCGUCUCCCAUCCCGGGCCUGUAAAUUCUCGUCAGGCUUGACAGAGAAAGCUUACAGAGCCUGCGGACAGGCUGCCUCCACCUUGCAUGCCAUGGCCCUUUUGCAAGUUCAUCAGGCAAAAGCGUUGAUGGAAAUGCCCCAGGGAGGUCUUGACCAGCAGCUGCUUGGGGAGCUGCGUGCCGCCACGGACCUCGCCCUCCGGGCGACUAAGGUGACGGCACGUUCUGUUGGUCAGGCGAUGGCCACGCUUGUGGUCCAGCAACGCCACCUCUGGCUGACCCUUGCUGAUAUGAGGGAUACCGACAAAUAUCGGUUCCUGGACUCCCCCAUAUCACAGGUCGGCCUUUUCGGCGACGCGGUAGAGAGCUUCGCCCAGCAGUUCUCUGCCGCCCAGAAGCAGGCUGAGGCUAUCAAACACGUCCUGCCCCGGCGGUCCGCUGCUGCCUCCACCCCGCCGCCGGCAGCACAGAUUGUGAAAUUGUCUGUCCCGCCGCUGGCUCUUCGGAGUCCAGCGGUACCCACUUCAUCACAAAAAGAGCAGUUUCCCAAUCCUCCAGGUCACAAGAGACUGUGGCUGUCAGCGCGCGAGGCUCCGCCUUGCCACUCGCAGCCCACUCUCACUUCGCCAGCAGGUCCCAGUGUGAUGGUCGAGGCCGCCCCCCAGCCGUCUCCCGUUCACACUGUCACCUCGCAGAGUCUGACCCCACUUCGGGCCGCUGCGCCGUCCGAGUCGGGUUCCAGCACUCUGCUUCGCUGCCCCACCCCCGGUGCGUCUGUGGUGCCUUUGGUCCCGCUGGCUCGGUGUCUGGAAGCCUGGAUAGCGCUCCCCAGCCCGUCCCGCUGGCUCAUUCGCACUAUCAGACUCGGCUAUGCGAUUCAGUUCGCCCGGCGUCCCCCGGUCUUCAGGGGUGUCCACUACACUCAGGUGUCCCUGGACAAUGCACCUGUUCUCCGGGCGGAGAUUGCUGUCCUCCUGGCGAAGGAUGCAAUCGAGCCGGUCCCUCCAGCCGAUAUGAAGUCAGGGUUCUACAGCCCCUACUUCAUUGUACCAAAGAAGGGCGGUGGGCUACGGCCAAUCCUGGAUCUGCGUGUCCUGAACCGGUCCCUUCACAGGCUGCCGUUCAAGAUGCUUACGCAGAAGCGCAUUUUCGAGUGCGUCCGUCCCCAGGAUUGGUUUGCAGCGAUCGACCUGAAGGACGCGUACUUUCAUGUCUCGAUUCUGCCUCGUCACAGACCCUUCCUACGGUUUGCGUUCGAGGGUCGGGCAUAUCAGUACAAAGUCCUACCCUUCGGGCUGGCCCUGUCGCCCCACGUCUUCACGAAGGUUGCGGAGGCGGCCAUUGUUCCGCUCAAGGAACAGGGCGUUCGCAUCCUCAACUACCUCGACGACUGGCUCAUCCUGGCCAGCUCGCGGGAGCAGUUGUGCGAACACAGGGACAUGGUGUUAGCUCACCUCAGUCGGUUGGGUCUUCGGGUCAACUGGGACAAGAGCAAACUCUCCCCCGGGCAGAGGAUCUCUUAUCUCGGUAUGGAACUGGAUUCGGUCGCCCGGACUGCGCGCCUCACCGAGGAGCGCGUCCAGUCAGUGUUGACCUGCCUGAGUACGUUCAAGCGCAGGACAGCGGCCCCACUGAAACUCUUUCAGAGGCUCCUGGGGCAUAUGGCAUCCGCAGCCGCAGUCACACCGCUCGGAUUGCUUCAUAUGAGGCCGCUUCAACACUGGCUCCGCGGCUGGAUCCCGAGAUGGGCGUGGCAGCGCGGUACGUUCCGUGUCCCCGUGACACCGAACUGCCGUCGCACCCUCACCCAGUGGUCGGACCCUUCGUUCCUGCGGGCUGGAGUUCCCCUCGAACAAGUGUCCAGGCAUGCUGUGGUCCACACAGAUGCCUCUGCCACAGGGUGGGGGGCCACGUACAACGGGCAUGCAGCGUCGGGUCUGUGGACGGGGCCCCAACUGCAUUGGCAUAUCAAUUGCCUCGAGUUGCUAGCAGUACGUCUUGCACUGGGCCGCUUCCAGGAGCUGUUGACAGACAAGCACGUACUGGUCCGCUCGGACAGCACUGCGGCCGUUGCGUACAUCAACCAUCAGGGUGGUCUACGCUCCCGCCGUAUGUCGCAACUCGCCCGCCAUCUCUUGCUAUGGAGUCAGAAGCAUCUGAGGUCGCUUCGGGCCAUUCACGUCCCAGGCGUGCUCAACCGUGCAGCCGACGAGCUCUCACGGCAGCCUCCGCUUCCGGGCGAAUGGCGGCUCCAUCCCCAGGUGGUCCAGCUGAUCUGGCAGCGCUUCGGCGAGGCACAGAUAGAUCUGUUCGCCUCCCCGGAGACUGCCCACUGCCAGUUGUUCUAUUCCCUGUCCGGCGGCACGCUCGGCACGGAUGCCCUGGCAAUCAGCUGGCCCCGGGGCCUACGCAAAUAUGCGUUUCCCCCAGUGAGCCUUCUCGCACAGCUCCUGUGCAAAGUCAGGGAGGACGAGGAGCAGGUCUUGUUAGUGGCUCCAUAUUGGCCCACUCGGACCUGGUUCUCGGACCUCACGCUCCUCGCGACAGCACCUCCCUGGCCCAUUCCUCUGAGGAAGGACCUCCUGACUCAGAGACGGGGCACCCUCUGGCACCCGCGUCCCGACCUGUGGAAACUCCAUGUGUGGUCCCUGGACGGGACGCGGAGGUUCUGAGUGAUCUCCCGCAAGCGGUCGCAGACACCAUCACUUCCGCUAGAGCUCCUUCUACGAGGAACCUCUAUGCGCUGAAGUGGAACCUAUUCGUCGAAUGGUGUUCCUCUCAACCAGAGCGAGAGGACCCCCGAUCAUGUUCGGUCAGAACCGUGCUUUCCUUUCUGCAAGAGGGCCUGGAGCGAAGGCUGUCUCCCUCCACCCUCAAGGUGUAUGUUGCCGCUAUCGCCGCACAUCACUAUGCAGUUGAUGGUAAAUCGCUAGGGAAGCACGAUCUGAUCGUCAGGUUCUUGAGGGGGGCAAGGAGACUGAAUCCUCCCCGGCCCCCCCUCUGUACCCUCUUGGGAUCUGACCCUGGUUCUUACAUCUCUCCGGGGUCGUCCCUUCGAGCCUUUGCAAUCAGUCGAGUUAAAAGUACUGUCCCUAAAGACCGUCCUCCUGGUUGCAUUGGCCUCGCUCAAGAGGGUAGGGGACCUGCACGCAUUUUCGGUUGACGAAUCGUGGCUGGAAUUCGGGCCCGGUGACUCUCACGUUAUCCUGAGACCCCGGCCUGGAUAUGUGCCCAAGGUUACUACCACUCCCUUUCGAGAUCAGGUAGUGAACCUGCAAGCGCUGCCUUCGGAGGAGGCAGACCCAGCCCUAGCUUUGCUCUGUCCCGUCCGCGCUCUGCGCCUGUACGUGGACAGAACGCGAAGCUUCAGGACCUCAGAUCAGCUCUUUGUCUGUUACGGAGGCCAGCAGAAGGGAAAGGCUGUCUCCAAGCAGAGGAUGGCCCACUGGAUAGUGGACGCCAUCGCCCUGGCGUAUGAGUCCCAGGGCGUGCCUUGCCCGCUCAGGUUGAGAGCCCACUCCACCAGAGGAGUGGCCUCUUCCUCGGCGCUGGCGCACGGUGCCUCGCUGACAGAUAUCUGUAGAGCUGCGGGCUGGGCGACACCUAACACGUUCGCUAGAUUCUAUAGCCUUCGUGUAGAACCGGUAUCUUCCCGUGUACUCGCUUCCACCAGCCGAUAGACGCGAAGAGCCCGUUCUAGUGUCGGCUUGCAAUGCCACUCCCGCCCCCUGGGCCGGAUACGUGCAUCCUUUUUACUCCAGUCGAGUUCCCCGCUUGGCGAACCCUGUCGAGUUCCUCCGCCUCCCCCUUCGGCUCGGACAUUGCGGAGUGUCUGAUGCCAGGCCAAACCUCUGUCACCGACGUUGACGUUUGGCUGGGUUCCACAUGUCGUGACCCCUCCACGUGAGUGGUCCCAUGUGUGUAUUUGUCCACGGUCAACUCCCUACGGCGAGCCCGUGUCUUUCCCUAGCAGAGCCAGCUCUGCUGUCACCUGUCAGAUGAGUCUCCCCCUACCCAGGUGGAGCCAUCCCAGGGACUCCAUAUGCGUACUGCCCACGGCCAGUCCAUAUGUGUACUCUCCAUGUAAAUUCUUCCCCUACGGGUGGGUAGUGGUCUCCGCAGCGUCCCCUACGGGUUCGCUUCCCCAGUGUAGUCUAGUUUACUUAGUGGGUAUGUCGGAACAGCAGUAGACUCUCUCGGCGUAAGCUCGCCCCCUUCCCCGUCCCACUGGUGCGCCGGGUGGCUAGAGCUUGCGCUGGGCACUGGAAGGGGUUCAUACUGUGGCGCUUUAUUUGGGAUCCCAAUUCGUCGGUCACUACUGACGUACGUCGAACGUGACCGACUGAAAGGGAACGUCUCGGUUACGUAUGUAACCCUCGUUCCCUGAAGGAGGGAACGGAGACGUACGUCCCGUCGCCACAGUUGCUGUACCCUCGCUGUAGUGCGGACUAGAUUGUCUCCUCAGCGAAAAACAGAGUGCGAUUGCAUCUGCUCCCCUAUUUAUACCACCUGGCGGGGGCGGUGCGCAUUAUGCAAAUAUCGCACGCCAACUCCAUUGGCCUGUUGUAGUUCACUCGAAGCUGAUAGGGCUCUCUAGCGAUAUCCCAAUUCGUCGGUCACUACUGACGUACGUCUCCGUUCCCUCCUUCAGGGAACGAGGGUUACAUACGUAACCGAGACGUUCCUAGGUGAUACAGAACUUCUGCUUAAGGCCCGACAACUCUGCAUAUAAAGGGUGUCAAAACUCAAAGCCACAGCCCUGCAGAGCUUAGUUCCAACUCUUCCCCAAAUCCAUGUAGUUUUCAAAUAAGCCUGAAGGACUUGAUUAGCUGGAUCAGGUGUGUUUAGGAACUGAGUUUGUCACCCCAGCUGUAGAUGUUGGUUCUGCUGUUUAGAGCUGGUCUGUUCCUUUAGACUAGUCUCUCUUCUGCAAGUUGGUUGUAAAUGAGAGUUCAGUUGUUUGCUUGAACUUUAAAGUUUGUUUCUUUUGUGAGCAUUUCACAAGCAGGUUUCUCAUACUGGGGUUCUCUAUUUUAUUCUGGCUUAAUCUAUUUUAAUUUUGGCUUUGUCACUGUAUCGGUGGUGAUUGCCAAGGCAGAAAAAUAAACAAAAAUUAUACUGAGAUUAUGGAUGUCCAGUGUAUCUGAAACUUGCCCCCAUUUGAUAGACACUGUUGUAGAUAUUACUGUAUGCAGAAAGGUUGUUGUACAGCGUUACAUGUAUUUGUCCUUUGCAUUCUUGACAGGGACAUUGCAUACAGGAUAAUACCCGGACAAUGGACAGAAAAAACAGGCCUUGAUUUACAGGGUUUUCCAGGACAACCAUAUGGAAACGACUGUGGCAUAUUCAUGUUGAUGGAAAAGCCACAUACAACAGGAAGAUGAAACAAAAGGUUUCACCCCUGAGUCUGCACCGGAGAAGCAGGUGGCUCCACGAAAAGUGCGUAUCAUGACGGAUCAUAAGAUUGCCAGUCAGUGGUGCUUGGAGAACUUGCGUGAUCUUCUUGGCUUCCUCGUAUACUGUGCAUGGAGGAUGAAGAAGCCAUUGAGGCCUUGGAACAGUUCUUCAGUGCAUAGUGUAUAGAGGAAGAUCUUGUAAAGCCACUGAUGUUUGUCUUUACAUUUAUGCAGGACAUGUAUACAAUUUUAGAAAAUGUGGUGGACAACAUGCACCUCAAAAUCUUUUGUCGCACAAAAAAAAAAAAAAGAAACAGUUGUCCAUUUCUUUGUUUCAUGUAAUGUUUUUCUAGAUUUUUUUUUUUUUUUACAAUGCUAAGUAUAAACAUUUACAAAACUCAACAAUCACCAACUGCUGUGUGUUGAUUUUUUUUUUUUUUUUUUUCUCUGGUGUAUCAGUUUAAUAACCAGUGAAGUUUGUUUUUUGUUGUUGUUUUUGUUCAAGAUUCUUUAAUGAAUAAAAACAGCAGAAUAGAUGUCUUUUGUAACAAUAAACACUACACUUCAAAGGUUUGGUAAUAGUUUUUUUUAUUAUAAUUUUUUUUGUUGUUGAAAGAAAUUAAUAUUUGUAUUCAGAAUAUAUAUGUUCAUUUGUUAAAAUGUGUAAGUAAAGAUGUUUUUAGAGAAGAAUUUAAUAUUGAAUAAAUUUGUUCUUUUUUAAUUUUUUAUUUUUCAAAGAAUCUUUAGAAUAAAAUUAUAACAGGCUAUAAAAAGAAUUAUGCAGCAAAAGAAUUAAGUUGUUUCCAACAUUGAUGAUUAAUCAGCGUAUUAGAAUGAUUUCUGACAUGUGACACUGAACACUAGAGUAAUGGCUGAUGAAAUUUCAGCUUUGCAUGACAGAAAUAAAUACAUUUUUAAAAUAUAUUACAAUACAAAACUUUUGAAUAGCAAUAUUUCAAUAUUACUGUAUUUUUUGCAUCUGUACUUUUCAUCAAAUAAAUCCAGCCUUGAUAAGCAUAAGAAUUAAAAAUCAAAUAAAUGAAAAUCUUACUGAGAGUGCAUCUUGUCUGCAGCCAGGCCCUAUUGAAAUUACUUGCCAGUUAUCACUGUAAAGCUGCCUUGACACAAUCUGCAUUGUAAAAAGCGCUAUAUAAAUAAAAGUGACUUGUACAUGUA